AUGGCUCUUUAUGGGAGAAAGUGUAAAUCGCCUAUUGGUUGGUUUGAAGUUGGUGAAGUUGAGUUGAUAGGGCCAAACUUAGUUCAUCAAGCCAUGGAGAAGGUAAAGAUUAUUCAGGAAACGCUAAAAACAACACAGAGUCAUCAGAAAUCCUAUACAUAUGUUAGGAGAAGAGAUUUAGAAUUUGAGGUUGAUGAUUGGAUAUCCAAGAGGGUUGACAAGGUUGCUUAUGAGUUCGAUCUACCUUCAGAAUUAGCAACAGUUCAUCUGGUGUUCCAUGUAUCCAUGUUAAAGAAGUGUUUGGGUGAUCCUUCACUCAUUGUACCUACUGAGAAUAUUGGUAUCAAGGACAACCUAUCUUAUGAGAACGUUACCAUUCAGAUUCUUGAUCGUCACAAGUUGAGAACCAAAGAGGUUGUAUCAGCCAAGGUCUUAUGGAGUAAUCAAUAUGUCGAGGAAGCUACUUAG